AUGAAGAAAUCUAUUUAUGAAAUUGUAGAAAAAUUCCCUGAAUGUAAUGAACACAUAAACACAAAACAGAAUACCAUUACAUCAGGAGGGACCAACAAUGUAUGGGAAAUUUUGUGCUUAAAACCAGAUACUAUAACGACUAUAAAUAAGCAUUCAAUUGAUUAUAGCGGUAAAGUUAGUGAGAUAUGUGUUCAAGCUAUGGAGUACCUACAUGAUGUUAAUCUUAGAACUGAGGAAUUUUUAAAGGACGCUGGUUGCGCAUACUUUUAUUAUUGGAUAUUUGAUGUUGCUUUUAAUAAAAACAUGUCAAAAAUUAAUGAUAUACCAUAUCUUUUUAAUGAAUUCACAGAUUUACUUAAAAGGAACAUACUUGCACUUAACAGUUCGGGAAAACUUGAAAUUCCAAUAAAUGAACUAUGCUUAUAUUCUCAGGAGAGUAUUAUAAAAAGGGAUUUUCAAAAAAUCAUAUAUAUAUAUAACUUGUAUGAUAUAAUUAAUAGUAAGGGAGGAAAAAUUAAUAAAGAUGUUUUUAAACAAAUAGUAAAUAUAGUGAAACAGUAUAAUGAAAACAUGGAAAGUGUAUCGUGUAAAAUUGUAGAAAUUCCGGAUCAACCUACUUGCAAAAAUAAUAUAUUAGUUCCCAUUAUAAUUACAAUGAUUGUAACAUUCUUAAUAUCCCUCUUCAUAUUUAUUUUGUUAAAGUUCACAACAUUAGGUUCAUUGAUACAAGGUGCAACAUUAAUCAGAAGAAAUGUGUAUGAUAAUAUAGAUGAAGAAUUGAGUAGAUUUCGAGGAUCUGAUAUAUAUGGCACUAUGUCGAGAAACAGUGUAAAUAAUAUAUUAUAUAAUUCUAAAUAA